AUGGUUAUAGAUGAUUACAUGCUGGAUGGAAAUACGGACAGCGUGUCUAUCACUUAUGCAUUGCCAGAUUCAAUGUUAGCAAACAUGGCUCCAGAUACCCCUCCUAUGCAUAUUACUAAUGAUAGACAAGUACAGAGCUUGAUUAGGUUGAGUAAGACGCAUGUUAUACGUCUUUGUAUAUCUAGUCGCAAGGACAAUGAUGGACGUACUAGUGGUGUUGAUGCUGCUGAUGGGUGUUCUGUUGAAGGUGGGAAUCAAACUACUGAGGAAGGUGAUGAUGAAAAUGUCGAUGAGUAUGAUGAUGAUGAGAUAAACGAGGACAUCAAAAACGAUCCAGUAAAGGAGGAAGACGGUACUGACUCUGAGGAUCAGGACUCUGAGGAUCCGGACUACAGGCAAUAUGGGAAAGUGAAGGAUGAAGAUUCAAAUUCUGAUUCAGAGGGUGAGUGGAUUGAAGAAACGGUGAAGGCUCCUCAAAGAGGAUAUGAAAGAAAUUGGGUUGACAAAAUAAAAGUAAACGGAAGUUUUGCUACAAAAGACGAGCGGAUUUUUGAGAUCAGGUUGACGGCUGUUAUGUUGAAGUUUGCAUUCAGAGUUGAUAAGUCAUCGAGACGUCUGUUUGUUGCUAAAUGUGCUGUUAAAGGAUGCCAAUGGAGAGUUAGAGCACCUGUAAAGAACGAAGCAAAGACGUUUUGGGUCACUAAAUAUGUCAAAACUCAUACCUGUUCUGUUUCAGAUCGGUUGGCUCACCGAAAGCAUACGACUCCAAGAUACAUUGGAAAGUUAUUUAUAGAGCGUGAGGGAAUAAUUGAUGGGAUUACUGCACAACACAUCAAAGAUUCAAUGCAGGCGAUAUUUGGACUGAAAAUAGACUACACAACUUCGUAUAGAGCUUUGAUGUAUGCACAAGAAUGUGUGAGGGGAACCCCUGAGGAUGGAUAUAGCCGACUGCCUUCUUAUUUGCAUCUGAUCGCUGAAGCAAAUCCGGGUACUAUAACUGCCCUUGAACGCGACAGUCAGAAUAGGUUCAAGUACCUAGUCUUAGCCUUCAGAGCCUCCAUAGCUGGUUUUCAAUAUCUCAGACGGGUCAUUGUUGUCGAUGGGUGUCAUCUGACUGGAAAGUAUGAAGGGACUCUGCUAGUGGCCACAGCAUAA